GGAAAAUGAUUUUUAUUGAAAAAGGUUUAAAUAAAAAACAUUAAAAAAGAUAUUUUUCAAAGUUUUGGUUAUUUUCAGACCAUAAGUGAAUCGUACGUUGAAAUUUAAAAAACAAGCGAUGAUUAUUCAAAUGAGAAAAACGAAAAAACUAAAAUAAAAUGCGAUAUAAAAUGAGCGGUGUACUUAGGGUUCAUCUGGGAUCAAAUUUAUUUUGGUUAAUUCUAGUAGGUGCCCUAAGUUAUACCGCUAAUUCCAUCCAAUCCGAUAGAAAAAUAUCACAGACUUCAAAACAGCUCCUGUAUAAGUCUAUAGCUAAUUCAAAUGCUGUUGAUCCUUUUAUUUCAUCAUUAUCAUCGUUACCUUCAACUUCAUCCUCUGCAAUAUUUAUAUCAACAUCUACUACAAGUUCCAUAUUUAAUAAACAGGAGCAGCAGCAACAAAGGAAACGACUAUCACAAUUAGAUGAAAAUGUACAAAAUGAUAAUGUAAAUGAUCACACAGCUUACGUAUUCAAAUUUGAUCAGCCUCUAUAUAAUGUGACAAUACCAGAAAAUAGUGUUGGUAAAACAUAUGCACUUCAACCUCCUAAUGAAGAUCGUUUAGGUAUUCGUGUUAUACCAAAUUUAGAUGUUAAAUUCCGUAUAGUUAGUGGUGAUCGUGAUAAGUUAUUUAAAGCUGAAGAACGUUUAGUUGGUGAUUUUGUAUUUUUAGCAAUUCGGACUCGUACCGGUAUUGUGAUAUUAAACCGUGAAAAAACAGAAGAAUAUAAAUUAGGUAUAAAAGCAUUAGCGACCCAAUUCGAAUUUAAUGGUAAACAUGUUUAUGAAUGUGAAACAACAGUAAUAUUAAAAGUAUUAGAUCGAAAUGAUUUAAGUCCGUUAUUUUAUCCAACGGAAUAUAUGAAAACGGUGCCAGAAGAUAUGCCAUUGCAUAAAUCCAUACUAAAAGUAAUGGCUGAAGAUGCUGAUUUAGGUAUUAAUGGUGAAAUAUACUAUAGUUUUUUGGAUGAUAAUGAUUACUUCGCUAUACAUCCAACAAGUGGUGUUAUAUCACUUACUCGCAAUUUAAAAUAUGUGGAGAAAUCACUACAUGAAUUAACGGUGCUAGCUACCGAUAGAGGUACUGGAGCUAAUCAUAGACUGAAUCAAGCCAGCAAGGCUAAAGUAACAAUUAAGGUUGAACCGGUGAAUCUCUUUACACCAGAUAUAUACGUUCAAGCACUGCCAGAAAUUUUUGAAGGACCAACUGCCAAUAUAUAUGGAAUUGUAAGAGUUACAGACAAAGAUUUAGGUAUUCAUGGAGAAAUAAAAAGUUUAGAAAUUGUUAAUGGAGAUCCAGAUGGCCAUUUUCGAAUAGUUAAAACAGAUAAGUCUGGUGAAUACAAUAUUGAAAUUCAACGUUUAUUAGACCGUGAACGCACCCCCUUAGGUUAUAACUUAACUUUACGCGCCGUAGAUAAUGGUAUACCGCCACAAUCGAGUUAUAAAAUAGUGCCUGUACAUUUAGCUGAUAUAAAUGAUAAUGCUCCGGUAUUCAAUCGGGAAAUCUACGAAGUUUCUGUACCAGAAACUUCACCACCAAAUACACCUGUGAUAAGACUUAAGGUUACUGAUCGUGACCAAGGUAAAAACGCUUUAGUAUUUCUUGAAAUAGUUGGAGGGAACGAAGGUGGAGAAUUUCGAAUUAAUCCAGACACCGGAAUGUUGUAUACUCAAAAAUUGUUAGACGCAGAAACCAAAGCAUUUUACACGCUAACAGUUUCAGCGAUAGAUCAAGGUAACUCCGGUAUGAGGAUGCAAUCUUCAGCAAAAGUUAAAAUCAAUGUACAGGAUACUAAUGAUAAUGAUCCAGUAUUUGAGAAUAUAAACAAAACGAUUUGGAUUGAUGAAAAUGAACCAUCUGGUACAACGGUAACUAAAGUAACAGCUAGAGACCGUGACUCUGGAGAAAAUGCUUAUAUUUCAUAUAGUAUAGCAAAUUUGAACGAUGUGCCAUUCGAUAUAGAUCAUUUUUCUGGUGUUGUACGAACUUCAAAACUUAUAGAUUAUGAAAGUAUGCGGCGAGAAUAUAUUUUAAGUUUGAGAGCUUCAGAUUGGGGUUUACCUUAUCGACGACAAACCGAAAUGGAAUUAAUAAUUCGAAUUCGUGAUGUUAACGACAAUAGACCUCAAUUUGAAAGAGUAGAUUGUAUUGGCCAUAUCCCCAGAGAGCUUCCAAUAGGAACAGAAAUUUUAACAUUAUCAGCUAUAGACUUUGAUUCGGGAAACUAUAUUAGUUAUCGUUUGAUAUCCGGAAAUGAAGAUAAUUGUUUUAAUUUAGAUCCUACAUCUGGAGUAAUUUCUAUUGGUUGUGAUUUAAUCGACAUUGGUACUGACGCACGAGAAGUUAACGUAACUGCUACAGAUGGUACUCAUUUCGCAGAUGUAAUGACCAUCAAGAUCAACCUUAUUAAUGCAAAAAGAAAUUUUGCAGCAUCUGGAAGUGUCUUUCCUAAUCAAAUGAAUCGCCUUGGUCAACCUGUGGAAGAAAGCAGUCAUUUUGAAUGUCGUGACACAGGUGUAAUUCGACGACAAGCGGAAAUAUUGGCUGCGGCUGAAAAAAAUAAUAUGCCGGGGAGGGAGUAUAAUGCUCGUGAUGAUUUCGUGAUGAUGCCAAGUCGGUACGGAGAAAACCAACACACGCCAGAAUUCGUAGAAUUCCCAAAUGAAUUACGUAUUAAUGAAACUGUAGCAUUAGGAACAACUGUGGGAUGGAUAAAGGCGCGUGAUCGUGAUUUGGGUUAUAAUGGAAAAUUGGUUUUUGGUAUAUCAGAUGGAGAUCACGAUUCUGUGUUUCGAAUAGAUCCUGAAACUGGUGAACUACAAAUAAUUGGAUACCUAGAUCGUGAAAGGGAAGAUGAAUAUGUGCUAAAUGUUACAGUGUAUGAUUUAGGUAAACCGCAAAAAUCUUUAUCAAAGAUGUUGCCAAUUUUUGUAAUUGACGAGAACGAUAAUCCACCUAAAUUCUCAAAAUCACUAGCGUCAUUUCGUGUAACUGAAAACGCUAUUAAUGGAACAAUCAUCUUUCAAUUAAAUGCAACAGAUGCUGAUUUAGGGGAAAACGCUGCUAUUACGUAUACGAUGGUAACCGACACAGAUGAUUUUCAAGUUGAUCCUAAAACCGGGAUAUUAUUUGUAAACAAUCGUUUAGAUAGAGAGCGUCAAGAAAUCUAUGAGCUUAGAAUAAGAGCAACCGAUGGUGGGGUUCCUAAUAAAAAUAAACCACCAAUAGCAACUUUGCAUUCUGAUGCUAUAGUUAGAGUAAGUGUUGACGACAUAAAUGAUAAUGCUCCGGAAUUCACUCUAAAUGAAUAUACAUUUAGAGUUAGAGAAGAUAUUCCUCGUGGUACUGUGAUAGCUAUUGUUAGCGCUACAGAUUUAGAUAUUGGCCCAAGUGGAGAAGUAUUAUAUUCUCUUAGCGAAGAUGAUGAUGAAGAAAAAUUAUUUAAAAUUGAUAAAUAUAGUGGGACUAUACGUACAGAAAGUUUUCUUGAUUAUGAGGAACGCCAAGUUCACAGCCUCACGGUUCGUGCCAUUGAUCGAGGAACACCAGCAUUAUCAUCAGAAGCAACUGUAAUUAUUGAAAUUAUUGAUGUGAAUGAGAAUCGAUAUGCUCCAGAAUUUCAAGAUUUUGUAUUAACUGGUAGUAUAUUAGAAAACCAACCGCCCGAUACCCUUGUUAUGAAUAUAAUUGCUACUGACGCUGAUCCACCUGGCCCAGAUUCAAAGGUUUCUUAUUCUAUACGGGGAGGAGAUGGAUUAGGAAUUUUUACUAUAUCUAAUGAUGGAUCCUUAAAAACACUUGCUUCAUUAGAUAUUGAAAAUAAGCCUCAUUAUUGGUUAACAGUAUGUGCUCAAGAUCAAGCUGUAGUACCACUUCAUUCUUGCGUUCAGGUUUAUGUUCAAGUCCUUAAUGAAAACGACAAUGUACCAUUAACGCAAAAUCCAGUUUACUACGCAUCUAUACCUGAAGGGAGUCCUGCUGGUAAAAAAAUUCUGCAAUUAAUUGCUGAAGAUCAAGAUAUCGAUCCAAAUCACCGUAUAACAUAUCGUAUAAUAUCAGGGAACCCCGGAGAAUUUUUUGCAAUAAAUAGUACUACGGGUAUUAUAAGUACUACAGCCCGAAAAUUGGAUCGUGAAAACCAACUGGAACAUAUCUUGGAGGUUUCGGUAUCGGAUAAUGGUCGACCACAACUUUCAUCAACAACACGAGUUGUUAUUUCAGUCGAUGAUGUUAAUGAUCAAAGUCCAGAAUUCGAUCAACGUUUUUAUAAAGUUCAAAUACCAGCUACAGCUAAAAUAGAUCAACCAUUAUUUCAGGUUCUGGCAAUCGAUAAUGAUUCUGGCGAAAAUGGACGUGUGACGUAUGCCAUAAAAUCUGGCAAAGGUAAAACAAAAUUUCGAAUUCAUCCGGAUACAGGUGUCAUAUAUGCAGCGAAACCUUUUGAAGCAGAUACUGAAUAUGAUUUAGCCGUCAGAGCUGAGGAUAAUGGACAACCCAAACGUUCGCAUACAACUCGUGUUAAUGUUGUUGUUGUACCAAUACCAGAUAUAUCAGAACACGCACCAAUAAUUAAAUCAUCAGAACAUGAAGUUGAAGUAACUGAAAGUGAUCGACCAGGUUUUCUAGUGACUUUAAUACAAGCGACAGAUGAAGAUAACGAGCAAUUGUGGUAUGAUAUAAUAGAAGGAGAUUCCCGUAAUGAAUUUUAUAUAGGGCGAGAUAAUGGGAAUGUUUUGUUAGCUAAGUCACUUGAUUGGGAAAUUCAGAAGCAUUAUAAUUUGACAAUAAGUGUUACCGAUGGUGUUCAUGUUGUUAAAACUCAAUUAUAUGUAAAUGUUAUAGAUAUAAAUGAUCAUCGCCCUGAAUUCACGCAAUCCGUGUACAAAGUUGAUAUUUCAGAAAAUAUUGAAGAAGAAUCUGAGAUACUGCAAUUGCAUGCAACUGAUAUGGAUGAAGAUAAAAAAAUUUUUUAUACUUUACAUGCAGCACGUAAUCCCAUUUCAUUAACGUUAUUCCGUAUUGAUAGUAUAACAGGAAAUGUAAUUGUUACUCAACGUUUGGACCGGGAAUUAAUGUCAAAUCAUGUUUUAAUUGUAAUAGCAAAAGAUCAGGGCACACCAGCAAAAAGAAAUUAUGCCAAAAUUAUUAUAACUGUACAUGAUCACAAUGACCAUGCUCCAGAAUUUAGUAGCAGAAUUAUUCAAGGAAAAGUUUAUGAAACUGCUGCUUUAGGUACUAAAAUAGUUCAAUUGUUGGCAGUUGAUCGAGAUUUGGGAGAAAAUGCUAAAAUAUUAUAUUCCAUUGUAAGUGGUAAUAUUGGAAAUGUUUUCGAAAUUGAUCCGGUGUUAGGGCAUUUAACAGUUGCAAAAGAAUUAGAUAUCAAUUCCAUGCCAGAAUAUAUGUUACAAGUUAAAGCAACAGAUGGUGGGAAUCCUUCAAUGUCAUCACAAAUUCCAGUACACAUUGUUGUAACUAUGGCCGAUAAUGAUCCACCACGUUUUAUUAAUACUCAAUUAGCUGCCGAAAUAUAUGAAAAUUUACCUAUUGGAAUGUUUGUAAUACAAAUUGAAGCACGUUCAACAUCAUCAGUUUUCUAUGAAAUCGCUGAUGGUAAUUCUGGUGACAUGUUCCAAAUAAAUCCAUCAACUGGUGUGAUAACAACUAAAAACUAUUUAGAUUACGAAAAAAACAAAUUCUUUAACUUAUCUGUUCGUGCUACAAACCUAGCAUCAGUAUCAGCUUUAUGUUAUGCCGUAGUUCAUAUACUUGAUCAAAAUGAUAACGUACCGCAUUUUAUACAAAAUCUUUAUCGAGGUGAAAUAUCUGAGGCUGCACCUAUAGCUUCACUUGUUCUAGCAUUACCUUCAUCAUCAACAAUUCCACUUGUUAUAAAAGCAUUUGAUGCUGAUUCUGGAUUAAAUGCACUUUUACAUUACGAUAUUGUGGAAAGUUUACCGAAGCGUUAUUUCCAUAUUGAUUCUACUACAGGUGCUAUAAAAACAGUGAUGCUUUUAGAUCAUGAAAAGAUUCCAAUUUAUGAUUUUCACGUCAAAGUGACAGAUUUAGGUAAACCUCGCCUGUCAUCAGAUUUAACAGCUCGUGUUAUUAUCGUUGUGACGGAUGUAAACGAUUGUGCUCCAGUAUUCGAUAAGACUGAAUAUAAUGUUACAUUACUACUGCCAACAUACCAAAAUGUUGUAUUACUUCAAGUGAAUGCAACAGAUCCAGAUAGUUCAGAAAAUUCAACAUUGCGGUAUGAUAUUAUUGAAGGUAACACCGGUGGUGCAUUUGCAAUCGAUUCAAAAAAUGGAAUAAUCACAACAAGAGAUGUGGAACGAAUGGAACCACUUUACAAAUUACAUGUUCGUGCAUCUGAUGGUAAAUAUUCAAAGGUUGUUAAUGUUAACAUAAAAGUUGACAAUUCAGAAAAUUCUGGUUUAAAAUUUCAACGAAGUGUAUAUGAAGGUUCAAUUAGCGAAAAUUCAACAAAAAUAACUGCUGUAACCGUUGUGAACGUCCUUGGUGCUGCACUAAAUGAACAUAUAGAAUUUCGUAUAUUAAAUCCAACAGAUAUGUUUCGCAUUGGUUUAACUUCUGGGGCUAUUGAAACUACUGGGAAAGUUUUCGAUCGUGAAGUUUGUGAUAAUUACGAAUUAAUUAUCGAAGCACGUUCUAAUACAAACAGACAACGUCAAAGACAAAUAAACUAUCAACACCAUCAACAACAAUAUGAUCAAUUACAACAAUUUCAUAAUAGCAAUAGUAAAUUAACAGGCAUAAAUCCAACUGUUUCGGGAUCAACGCUUGCACAACAUUCAUUGAAUGAUGAUGAUUAUGACGAUGAAAAACCAAGAAUAGCUCAUGUCAUUGUAAAUGUUACAAUAUUAGACAUUAAUGAUAAUUGUCCAAUGUUUGUUAAUUUACCAUAUUAUGCUGUUGUGUCUGUUGAUGAUCCUAAAGGAUCUGUCAUAACAAAAGUUCAUGCGGUUGAUUUAGACAGUUAUGAGAAUGGUGAAGUUCGUUAUGAAAUGAAACGUGGUCAUGGUGAAUUAUUUAAAGUUGAUCGAAAAACUGGUGAAGUGACAUUAAAACAAUCACUUGAGGGACACAAUCGAGACUAUGAGCUUUUAAUUGCUGCAUAUGAUGGUGCAAUAACGCCGUGUUCAACAGACGUUUCAGUUCAUGUUAAGGUUAUUGACAAAUCUAUGCCUGUGUUUAAUAAGCAAUUUUAUUCUGAUACUGUUUAUGAAAGUAUCGAAAUUUACUCUCCAUUAUCUGUUGCUAUACAAGCAGAUAGUCCUUUGGGAAGAAAAUUAAUUUACACCAUCGUAAAGGGUAACGAAAUGGAAGAAUUUGCUGUCGAUUUUAAUACCGGUGCAAUUUACGUUGUUGAUGAACUUGACUAUGAGCGUAAACAAAGUUAUGAACUUAUUAUACGUGCGACAGAUAGCGUUUCAGGAGUCUCUGCCGAAGUGCCUGUAUCGAUACUAGUGCAAGAUGUUAAUGAUUGUCCACCGGAAAUAGAACAGGAUAUCUAUAAUGUUACUGUAUCAGAAGGUGCACCAUUUGGAACACAAAUAUUGCGGCUACACGCUCGUGAUAAUGAUACCAAUUCAAAUGGCAUUGUGACAUACAGUAUACAAACUGAUGCCAAACAUAACCAUUCCGAGUACUUUCACAUGGACAGUAAUGAAGGCAUUAUUUAUUUAAAAAAACCAUUAGAUCAUGAAACAAGAAGCUUACAUCAUUUUACAGUUGUUGCUACAGAUCAAGGUGUGCCAAGCUUAAGUUCUACAGCACAUGUAUGGGUAACAGUUGCUGAUAUGAAUGAUAAUGCACCGAAAUUUGAUCAAGUAUCAUAUAGUUGCGUUUUAUCGGAACAUGCUAAACGUGGGCAAUUUGUUACAAUUGUUAAAGCAUCGGACCCGGAUUAUAUUGAUCAUGAUAGUUUGAUAUAUAAGAUAGCAGAGGGAAAUGAACUACAAACAUAUGACAUAGAUCAAAUAAAUGGAAUAAUAACAUUGAUAAAUAUGCAAAACUUUGCUGAACAGCAAAUGGCGGUACUGAAUGUAUCGGUAACUGACGGUGUAUACACAACAUUCGCUCGUGUCAAAAUAAAUAUAUCACCUGGAAAUUUACAUAGUCCAGUGUUCCCACAUUUAGUUUAUGACGUUAAAGUUAAUGAAAAUCAAUUAGCUGGUAGACACGUUAUAACGGUUACUGCAACUGAUGCAGAUUUUGGUGAAUACGGUGUGAUAUCAUACGAAAUUUUUUCCGAUGAAAUGAAGGAAUACUUUACAAUAGACAAAGACAAAGGCGUUGUUGAAGCCAAAAUUUCUUUAGACCGUGAAGAGAAAAGGUCUUAUGAAAUUCCAAUUAUUGCCACUGAUUUUGGUGGCAAAUCUGGUUUUACAACAAUAAAAGUUAAAGUUGGGGACGAAAAUGAUAAUCAACCCGAUUUUGUCUAUAAAGAAUAUAAAGCUGUUGUUAAUAUUAAUCAACAAAUUAAUGCAACAAUAAUAAAGGUAAUGGCUGUCGAUUUAGAUGAUAAUCAGAACAGUGUAAUAAGAUAUUCAAUAUAUGAUUCUCAAAAUUCUGGUAUUCAAAAUUUAUUUGCAAUUAAUGAAAACUCAGGGGAAUUAUUUUUUCAUAAAUCAUUGGAAAAGUCACUUAUCAAUCAAAUGUUUGAAUUUUUUAUAAGAGCAAAUGAUGGUGGAAAGCCUUCUUUGCAUUCUGAUGUUCCUAUAAGUAUAUUAAUAGUUGGCGAUCAAGAACAACUACCAGCGUUUGAAAAGAAAGAUCGAGUUUUAUUCAUAUCAGAAACAUCACCACCUGGAACUGUGAUAACUAGAGUAAGAUUAACUACAAAUAUUAGUGCUACAUUUAAAAUAAUAUCCGGUGAUUCUGACGAUCCACAAUUUUCGAUUGAUGAACGCGGCGAGCUUAUGCUGGCCAAAACUUUAGAUCGUGAGCAAAAAGAUGUUCAUAUAAUUGGUGUUUUAGCUGAGACAACCAACGGAAAACCUCCAUAUACUGCAAUAUCGGAAAUUGUGCUGCAUGUUCAAGACGAAAAUGAUAAUGCUCCAAUAUUUGAUAGCAAUCCCUACAAUUUGAUAUUAGCUGAAAAUGUCGACAAAGGCACAUCAAUCAUGAAAAUUACUGCUCGUGACGCUGAUAGUGGUUCAAAUGGUGAUAUACGAUACUACUUAGCAGAUGAUGUAGGUGAUUUAGUAAAUGUGUUCGAUAUUGAUGUGUAUUCUGGCUGGAUUACAACUUUAGUACCUUUAGACAAAGAACAAAAGUCGGAAUAUCGUUUUCAAGUUAUAGGCUCUGAUCAUGGCCAACCGAAACAUGCAGGAAAAACAACUGUUGUAAUACGUUUGAAAGAUUAUAAUGACAGUCCACCUGUAUUUAAGCAAUCGAAUUAUACAACGUCUAUUAACGAAGAUGCAAUUCCAGGGACUGUUUUAGUUCAAGUAGCUACGACAGAUGCUGAUUUAGACCUAAACACCUUAGUUGAAUAUUACAUAAUAUCUGGGGAUCCGUUAUUACAAUUUGAAAUACGGGAAAGUGGUGAACUUACAAUUGUAAAGUCGUUAGACCGCGAAUCUGUUGACUCUUAUACUUUGGAAAUUGUUGCUACUGAUGGAAAAUUUACAUCGAAAACCAAAAUUUUUGUUAAAGUUUUAGACGCAAAUGAUAAUCCACCUUAUUGUUUAAGAUAUCGAUAUAGACAAACUGUAAAUGAAUCAGUUGUUCCCGGUACUUUCAUAUUAAAGGUUUUGGCUACAGAUGCUGAUGAAGAUGUAAAUAUAAAAUUAAGAUUUUAUUUGACUGGGAAUGGGUCUAAUGAUUUUACAUUGGAUAAAGAUUCAGGAAUAUUAAAAACAGGUAGACAGUUAGAUCGGGAAACUAUAUCAAAAUACUCAAUAACAGCGCACGUUCAGGAUCGUGAGCACUCUCAAUGGGAAUGCUCUUCACAAAUAGAAAUUCUAAUAAGUGAUUUGAAUGACAACCCGCCUGAGUUUUCUAUGGAUCAAUAUACCGUCACCCUUCCAGAAGACGCUGAAAUUAACACGUUAGUUACUAAGGUGCAUGCUACCGACAAAGAUAUUGGUUUGAAUAGAAAAAUUAGAUAUUCUUUUAUUGAUUCUGGCAAAGAUCAUUUUAAAAUAUCUCCAGAUACAGGAAUUAUUACGUUGGCCAAAUCUUUGGAUCGUGAAUCUAUUGCUAUAUUCAAUUUGUCAAUCAAAGCAACGGACCAAGGUUCGCCAAAAUUGGAAAAUAAUGUGAAAUUAAUUGUAAAUGUACAAGACAUCAAUGAUAAUCCACCUGAAUUUUCAACACGAAACUACUUUGCAACUGUGGCAGAAAUAAGUCCAAUAAAUUUAGAGGUGACAAAAGUUUUGGCGACUUCGCGCGAUACUGGAAUAAAUGCUGAAAUAUUUUACUCCAUAGUAGGAGGGAAUGAGCAACGAAAAUUUCAAAUUGAUAGGCGCAGUGGUGUAGUGGCUGUUGCUGGAGAACUUGACUUCGAAAAAACGAAAGAUUAUUUUCUUACAAUACAAGCUGUUGAUGGUGGUACCCCACCUUUAAGCAAUUUGGCGACAUUGAAUAUUUCCGUAACAGAUAGUAAUGACAACACUCCGCAAUUUUUACAAAAUACGUAUAGUGCUCGAAUAAGAGAAGAUGCAGUAUCGGGAGAUAAAAUUUUGCAAGUUCGUGCAAUUGACGCAGAUUCGGAUAACAAUGGUCGAAUAAGUUAUUUUAUUGAACGUGGGGAUCGUUUUAAUCAAUUUCAAAUUGAUGAAUCGACUGGUUAUAUAUCUGUUGCCGGUUCUUUAGAUCGAGAAUCAAUUUCAAGUUAUGUACUAGAAAUUCGAGCCAGUGACAAUGGCGUUCCAGCUUUAUCAAAUUUUGUUCACGUAAAUAUUGAAAUAUCUGACGCAAAUGACAACCCUCCUUUGUUUUCAAGGUCGAAUUAUUCGGUUGUUGUGCAAGAAGAUAAGCAUCUCGGCCAUGUCUUAUUAAAAUUCGAAAUAAGUGAUGCUGAUAUGAAUCCAAAUGCAGCUCCAUACACUUUUGACUUUAGAAGUGGUAAUGAUGGAGGUUCAUUUCGUCUUGAGCAGGAUGGAACACUAAGAACUGCAACGAGAUUUAAUCAUAAAGUUCGAAAUUCUUAUACAUUGCAAAUUCGAGUAUUUGAUAAUGGAACACCACCAUUAUAUUCAGAUGCAUGGGUUAAUGUUAAAGUAAUAGAAGAAAGUCAAUAUCCGCCCGUUAUAACGCCGUUAGAUAUAUUAGUAAACUCAUUUCAAGAUGAGUUUCCUGGUGGAAUUAUUGGAAAAAUAUUUGCUUCAGAUCAAGACCAAUAUGACACACUAUUAUAUGAUUUGGCUCCAACAGCUGGGGUUUUGUACUCUCCCAAUAACCUUUUCAAUAUUUCGAGAGAAGAUGGAACGUUACAUGCUCUACCAAAUUUAGAUGUUGGGGAUUAUAGAGUUAAUGUUACAGUUAGUGACGGCAAAUUUUUGAGUUUUGCGAUUUUAAAAAUAACUGUUGAACUUAUAACUCCCGAAAUGCUUGAAAAUGCGGUGAUUUUACGUUUUAGUAAAGUUUCACCAGAAGAUUUCAUUUUAAGUCACCGUAAAGGAUUUAUUAGAUCUAUUAGAACAGCAAUGAGAUCAAGACAAAAAGAUGUUGUAAUUAUAUCUGUUCAACCAGCUACUGAUGACAUAAAUAUGAUUUCAACAAAAUCACGUAUUUCCAGAUCAUUGUUGAAAAAUGAAACGUUAUUUAUCGCUUUAUCGAAACGUUCAUAUCGCUUUAAAAGAAGUAUCAAGAACGACCUCGACAUUGUUUUUACAGUACGGAAACAACAAUUAAAUCCGAGUCAAGAGGGAUAUUAUACAAGCAAAGAAAUAACAGCCGCAAUUACUGACAGUCUUGAAGAAAUCGAAGAAGCAACAAAUUUAAUAGUUGAAGAAAUUGUUAAAACGAAAUGUAAUCAGAGAAAAUGUGCUAAUGGAUUCUGUAAAGAUAAAAUUAUUUUAGAUAAAAAGAAUAUAAAUUCAAUUGCUACAGAUGUGACUAGUUUUGUAUCAGCUAGAUACCGCCAUAUUGAUGACUGCGAAUGUAAACAAGGAUAUGGUGGAGAAUAUUGCGACACCAUAGUUAAUGCAUGUGCAAAUAAUCCUUGUCCCCCAUUUAAAAACUGUGUUCCCGAAACAAAUUUGGAUGGAUUCAAAUGUUUAUGUCCUGAAGGUUUUACUGGCCCGACAUGUGACCGCGAUGUUAAGAAGUGUACAGAUGACACUUGUUAUAUGCCAGUUAACCCAGUCUCAUUUUCUGGUAAAAGUUAUGCUCAAUAUAAAAUUGAUAAAGCGGUAGCAAAAAAGAAUUUGGAAGAUCAAUUGAUAUUUACCUUACGUGUUAGAACUGUUCAACAGACUGGAAAUUUAAUGUAUGCAGCUGGAAAAAUCGACUAUAAUAUAUUGGAAAUCGUCAAUGGAGUGGUACAGUACAGAUUUGAUUUGGGCUCUGGCGAAGGUUUAAUAAGUGUUUCAAGCAUUCAUGUUACGGAUGGAGAAUGGCAUGAAAUAAAAUUGGAAAGAGAGCGCAACAGUGCAAGAUUGAUGGUUGACGGAAAGCAUGUAGCCCAAGGAAAUGCUCCUGGUGUUAAUGGAAUAUUAAACUUACAAUCAAAUGAGUUCUUCUUGGGCGCUGAAGUGCGACCUCAUCCAUCUGUUCUGGGCUUUGAAGAUGUACAACGCGGUUUCAUUGGUUGUAUGGACGAUAUUAAAAUGUCAAGAGAAGCAGUUCCUUUGCAUAUGACUGGUAGCAGUACGGUUGCCGUAUUAAAAAGAUUUGCGAAUGUUGAAUUUACAUGUGAUGCAGCCACAGUUUUAGUACCUUUAGGAAUUUGUGGUACACAACCUUGUUUCAACGGUGGAGUUUGCAAAGAUAACGGUUAUGGCAAUUUUGAGUGUCAAUGUCAUCCCCGAUUUUCAGGACGCUUUUGUAAGGACGAUUUAGAUCCAUGUGCUUCCUCUCCUUGUUUAUUUGGUGGAAAAUGCCAAUCUGAAGGAAAUUCGAACUAUUCAUGUGAAUGCCCGCCACGAAUGACAGGAAAACGUUGUGAGUUUGGAAGAUUCUGUUCACCAAAUCCAUGUCGCAACGGAGGAGUUUGUGAAGAAGGCGAUAAUGGACCUCUAUGCUUAUGCCGUGGAUACAAGGGCUUAACAUGCGAAGUUGAUGUCGACGAGUGUGAAAAUCAGCCUUGCGGUAAUGGUGCUACUUGCAUUAACGAAGCCGGUAGCUUUCGUUGUAUAUGUCCUCCGGAUUUAACUGGUGCAAGUUGUGGUGAUCCUUUAUAUUCAAACUCAAUAACAACCCGAUUAAGAAAUAUGCCAUUAGAACAAGUUAUUGGAAUUGCUGGAGGAGCUUUGGGUAUUGUAUUUUUAAUUAUAACCGGUGUGUUUUGUAUUGUUUGUAGCCGUAAAGCAUCCUCACAUCAUUCGAGAAACAUAAAUAAUGAUACCAAAAAAGAUGUUACUCUAAAUUCGGUUUCACCUAGAGAGGAAUACAAAAGAAGCUCAAAAAUGAGUAAUUUGGAAAUAAUACAAAGACCAUUAAGUUAUACACCCGCGUCCAAUAAUGAUCAAAAUUAUCAAUGCAACAACACGGUUUUUGUUAACAAUUUGGAUACACUUAGAAGUUAUGGUUCAGCAGGCGAUGAGCUUGAGAAUGUGCCACCAGAAUAUCAGAAACUAAACAGAGUGAAUCAGCAAGUUAACAUUAACGGACAUAACAGUGAUAACGAAUCUUUGUUAAAGCAAACUUGGUGUGAUCAAAUGCAGUUAAAAACUUUCACAGACAACAAACUUAACAAUGAGCGGAAAUUACCAGACAAUCAGAACGCCAGAUUGGCUACUUUGAAAGCUACUGGAAUCAUACAGGGCAGACUUUUAAAUGUUCCAAUGCCAAAUUUAAACCAUUCUCCAAAUGGACUGGAAGAUCCCUCAAAUAUACACGGUCAAUAUCAUUGGGACUGUUCAGAUUGGGCUAGAAGAAGUCAAAACCCAUUACCAGAUAUUACAGAAGUACCUGGAAGUGAAGUUCCAGAUUCGUCCAGUUUCCAUAGUAAUGAGAGUAACGAGUCGCAUCCUAAGCAUACACCCUUGCCAACAAUUUUAGGACCUGUUGAUCCUAGUCGUGAUAUUGAAACUCUAAACGAAGAGGCUGAAUCAGAGUUUAUUGGAGAAUCCGAAUCUGAAAACAGUAGAAAGCAAUUAUCAGUGUCAUUUCAAAAUACAUCUAUUCCUAUUUUGAAUCCUUUAGACAGCGGAAGUGACGAUUAUAGAUUUAGCACAGUGCCUUUAGUUGUAAAUAAUAACAGUGAUAAUUACUUACGUCAUCCAAAUAGUUACCUACCCCGUUAUAAUAUACAAAGUGAGACCGAUGCUGAAAAUGGAACAACAUUAGCUAGUAGUAAAUUAUUAAAUAGCUUAGAAUUAGAAUCCCAUCAGAUUGUGGAAACAGAUGACGAAGAUGAUGAUGUUGAAGUGUAUGGUUUUCCUAAACAUCGCAAUAGGCGUAAUGGCAAUGAAAUUGAUUUAUUAGUUAAAAAUGAAGGUUUACUCGAAAGCAGUUCGCUAUUAGCAAAAUCUUCAGUGGUAGGUGGAAACGAUCAAUUACAAAAAUCUCACUUACAUCAUCAUCAUCACCACCAUCAUCAGCAUCCGCACCAGCAUCAUAAACGACAUAAUGAAUCCAAUAGUGAUUUAUCGACGCAAUUGUGCGAAAUUGAAGAUUCCGAAUUUGAUGAUGAUUUAAUUUCAAAUACAUCAACAAAAGGAAUAAAAACAACUGCAUCACAACCGGAUGUUGUUAAAAAAUCCGUGAAAUGGACUAAUAGUGUUCAUCAAACAGAAGUUUGACAAAAGCGAUUUAGUUAUAACCUAAUAUAUGCAAGAUAGCAAUCAAAGAUGUUUUAUACUUUAAAGAAUUAUUUAUACAGCAUUAUACAAUUUUUUACUUUAUUUUUUUUUUAUUUGAACGACGCAUUUUUUAUUUUUAUAUAUUAUGUUUAACUAACAAAAAAUUUAUUUAUUAAUUUUAGAUAUUAUAUUAUACAUACAUACAUGUCUUUUUUAAGUUAGAAUUUAAUAAAAAUUAUAUACUUAGAUUGAGUAAAUCAAUUAACUGUCUUAUUUUAAAAAAUGCAGAUUUAGUUUCAGCUAUUUAAAUUAAAGCAUAAAAAUUAAACAUAAAAUCAUACAAAAAAAAAUUAUUUAUUAGACGUAAUUUCAAUGUGCAUUUAUUUACAUUCUAAAUUUAAAUAUACUGUAAAAAUUUUUUUAAUUCUCAAUUGAAGUAACGGCACAAUUCACUUUUUUUUGACUAACUAAAAAGUAAACAAUUAAAAAAUUAAGUAAAAGAAAAUUGAUCAUACUUAAAAACUAUAUAGCAUUAGGGAAAUUUUGUAAAUAAAAACUAAAAAUCUUAAAAAAAAGUGUACGUAAAUUAUUUCAAAAAUUAAAAAAAAAAAAGAAAAACAUUAAACAUAAUUACAAACUUUAUUAUAAUUAUAAAGCGACUGAAAAACAAUUGUAUUUCAUUUCAUAAAAUUCUUGAAAACAAAAUUUAACUAUAUGUAUACAAAAUUAUUUACACGUAUUUUUACAAAAUAUGUUAUAUUUUCGUUAUAUUCUAAUUCAAUCAAAUAUGUUUGAAGAAAGUUAAAAAUUUUGUUGUAUUUCUAAAAUAAUCAAAUCACAUUAAAAUAAAUUUCGUUUUUACCUACACCGUUGUAUCAUUCUUAUCAUAUUUUGUGUAGUAUCAAAUACAUAAAGAUUUAUAUACAUAGCUUCAAAUUUUUUCUAUUCUGACUGAGAAAAUUGUUACAAUUAACAACAUUCUUUUUUAUUAUAAAUAAAAUUUAAGAUCUACAAGAGAUAUUUAGUAAGAGAUAUGUAUAAUAAUCAAUAAUGCAAAAAUUGCUAUAACUUAAUUUCAAAUUACAUGGAUAUGUAUUUUUAUACAUAUACUUUUGGGUAACAUAUAAUAUAUAAUAUGUACAUUUAUAAAUAAAACAAAACGUUAAUUGAAAAUUAAAUAAAAAUAAAUAAACAAAUUGUUAAAAUAUACCUACUUAAUUCUAAAUAUUUUCAAGAAUUUUAAUUUUUAAUUAUAAAAAACAAAAUUUAAAAAAUAUAUAAUAAUGUGCUUCUGCGUUCAUACGGUAUUGAAAUAAUCCUUGCUUUUUAAAAUCACUUCUGAUAGUCACAUAUUUUAAUAACCGUUAUACAUAUACGAAAUUUACAGUUUUUUUUUCAAUUCAAUUAAUAGAAUAUAAAAAAAAACCUUUAAAAAAAAGUUGUAAGGUAUCAAAGUUAUUAUUCAAUGUCAUAGUCUAAAACAGAGUGAUCGAACACACUUUUCUAGUAUGAAAUAAGCAAUUUCAUAUUCAACUUUAAAAAUAGAAUUUAGAUGGACUUGGAAGCUCCAAAGUAAUAGCAAUAUGAAACUUUGUUUGAAUAUAAAAUAUUUAUAUUUUAUAAAAUUUUCCACACGGUAAUACAUUUAGGUGGUGUAACUUGAAGAGUGAAUGAAGUAAAAUAUAUUUAACUUCUUAAUGUACCAAAUAUCGCAUGUCUUCAUAUAUAUUUCUGGUUUUUCUUUUUUCAAAUAUUAAAAUGUACUACUAUUAACAUAUUGUUGUUGAAAAUUUAUAUAACAUAAUGUUUCAAUGCUUUUACUUAAAGUAACGAAAUUAUUUUUUAUGGUGUACAAUUAUUUUAAACAGUUUUAAGAAAAUUCAAGCAAUUUUUUUUAUUUAUAAACAUUUUUUUUAGAUUAAUGCAGAUUGUAGGUGCAUUAAAAAAAUUAACUGGAAGAUAAAUUUAAUAUAAACGCAGAAGAUUUGAUAUCUAAAUAAAAUGAUUUAAUUUUUACAACUAAUUCUUAUUUUCAAGAAUAUAAGAUUUUUCUUUAAAGAAUUUCAAAUAUAAAAUAUUCCAACAAAAUUAUAUUAAAAUUAUGAACUCUAAUUUUAACAAUUUAUUUAUAAUUUCUAAAAAUAAAAUUAAUUCUUAUAAGACAUCUAUUUUUCUAAAACAAAAUAUUUUAUAUGAAUAUAUCACAAAAUAUAACAUUAAAAUUAGGUUUUUUAGGUAAAAAAACAAAAAAACGUUGUAUUAUAAAAUUGUAAAAAAAAAUAACAAAAGUAUAAAAUAAUAUAAUGAAA